GGGUAGGUUGUAGGCGAGCAGCGCAUGUGGCGGACGCGGAACGCUUGGGACCUCACUUGCUGCCGCGACUGAGCCGCCCACCUCGCUGCUUCCCAGGCGCUCUACACCACGAGCCCUGGAGCCGGGUUGAGGACGGCAAGGAGGCAGGGGGCCAACGGGGCUGACCGGCGUCGGUCCGUCGGGUUCGCGGCCCUAGCCUACGAACGAACGCCUCUUGGCAGCGGUUGCGAGGCCACCCCCGCUGCUGUGCCAUGACCGACUCUCUCCGCAAAGGGGACUCUUCCUCAGCGGUUGCUGCAGAGAGAGAUGAAAAGCCUGUUAGAUCGUGAGACGAGUUCGGGGUCGGCCAGUUAGGAGCACUUGGCAUCAGGCCGCAGCGCCUUCCCGGGCUCGUUCCUUUUGCCCUCUGAGGGAGGCCUAGUUCGCCUCCGGGCGCGCGGCGGGGGGGGGGGCGGUGAGUAAGGGGGAGUCUGGGCGGAGCGCGCGCAAACGACAUGUUCCUGCGGAGGCCGCCGGCCCUUGCCGCCUGGCUGGCGGGCGCGGCGGCGGUGGGGCGCGCGGGGGCGCGGGGCGGGGGCCUGCUCGCCCUGCUGGCCAAUCAGUGUCGCUUCGUGACGGGCCUGCGUGUGCGGCGCGCGCAGCAGAUCGCGCAGCUGUACGGCCGCCUCUACUCGGAGAGCUCGCGCCGCGUCCUCCUCGGACGCCUCUGGCGCCGGCUGCGAGGCCGCCCUGGUCAUGCCUCUGCCUUGAUGGCGGCGCUCGCUGGCGUGUUCGUGUGGGACGAGGAGAGGAUCCAGGAGGAGGAGCUGCAGAGAUCUGUUGAUGAAAUGAAACGGUUGGAGGAAAUGUCACAUAUGUUUCAGCGCUCUGGAGUUGAAUGCCACCCUCCAGAACCAAAAUCACAGAGAGAAGGAAAUGAAGAUUCAGGGGGCAAAGAACAGCCAUGGGAAAUGGUGAUGGAUAAGAAACACUUUAAGCUCUGGCGGCGCCCUAUUACAGGCACCCACCUUUACCAGUACAGAGUUUUUGGAACCUACACAGAUGUGACACCUCGGCAGUUCUUCAAUGUUCAGCUGGAUACAGAAUAUAGAAAAAAGUGGGAUGCCCUGGUAAUCAAGCUGGAAGUGAUUGAGAGGGAUGUGGUUAGUGGUUCUGAGGUUCUUCACUGGGUAACCCAUUUUCCUUAUCCGAUGUACUCUCGGGAUUAUGUUUAUGUUCGACGGUAUAGCGUGGAUCAGGAAAACAAUGUGAUGGUGUUGGUGUCACGUGCUGUGGAGCACCCUAGUGUUCCAGAGUCUCCAGAAUUUGUAAGGGUCAGAUCGUAUGAAUCCCAGAUGGUUAUCCGUCCCCACAAGUCAUUUGAUGAGAAUGGCUUUGACUACUUGUUGACAUACAGUGACAAUCCCCAGACUGUGUUUCCUCGCUACUGCGUUAGCUGGAUGGUUUCCAGUGGCAUGCCAGAUUUCCUGGAGAAGCUGCACAUGGCCACUCUUAAAGCCAAGAACAUGGAGAUCAAAGUAAAGGACUAUAUCUCGUCUAAGCCUCUGGAAACCGGUAGUGAAGCCAAGGCUACCACCCCAUCUUCCGAGCGGAAGAAUGAGGGUAGUUGUGGCCCUGCCCGGAUCGAGUACGCUUAAAGGGCUUUGGGAUAAGAAGGGACAGGCUGCUUCUAGCCCUGUCUCAGUCCCUUAUCUGCUACAGAACAGGGACAUGUAUUCGAAGGCAUCUGCUGUAACCACCAGGGCAAGAUAACUCAGUAAGUGGUGUCCAGUUUCAUUCAGAGCCCUUAUUGCUCUUUAUCAAAACAGAAGAAGGAGGCAUCCAUGGGGGCGUUGUCAUAUUCUCAGGCCAAGCAUCUUGAAAUUCAGUAUUUCACUGAGCUAAUCUGGAACAAACCUCACCUCAGGCCAGAAGGGGACAACUUCUUUUUGCUUCCUCUGAGUGGUUUCCUCUGCCAACAUUCCAGUUCCCACCAUUGGUUCUGCAGCACUUGGGAUUUCCUUCAGUUCUGAAGGUCCAACUGGAAAGUGCAGUUGGCUGGUUGAGUCUUCAGUGAGGGGUCAUGGGGAGUGCUCUUGGUAACAGUUCUAGUGUUGAAUGGACGUGAACUGUUGUUUGGCAGUGUAAGUGCCUUGUCCUCACCCUGCUUCUAUCUUAGGGACAUCAGGUUUGUACCAAGAAAUUUCUCUCUGCCUCUCAGUACUACCCUAUUGACUCGCCCUACCCAAAGCAGUUUCUUUUGCAUUGGUCAGUUCUUCUGUAUUCAUGGACUAUAUUAAUUUGGAUCAUCGCCUCCUUCCUUAGCUCAUUCACCAAGAACACUGGGAAAUUAGUAUUUUCAGAUGGUGGUUUUCUGUGUCAUCAGUGUUUUGAUAGGGUUAAUGGCAAU